GAAGUGAUGUGUAAACGUUUUGUGAGCAUGGGUCGUGAACUUGUGGCAAAUUCACGAGUAUGUAUCAGCACAGCUGAUGGUGAGUCACAAUUGACUCUUCGAAGCAUCACUGCUGAUGACAGCGGCAAGUAUGUUGUAAGCAUUGAGAACGUGUUGGGUGCCGACUGCUAUUUUGCAUCAGUUGCUGUUGAAGGACCCCCAGACCCUCCUGCUGGAAAACCUACAGUGUCACCAUGUACGGGAGGUGCUAUUGUGGCUUGGUCCAGUGCUCCUUAUGAUGGUGGAUGCAUGAUAACUGGGUAUUCAGUGGAGAUGCAAAGAGUAGGAGAUGAUGAGUGGCAGCAAGUGGCAUCAGGCUGUCAUUCACUUUCCAAUGUAGUUAGCAACCUGAGUGUUGGCGAGAACUAUGUGUUUCGUGUAAGGGCAGAAAAUGUUCAUGGAUUAAGUGAGCCAAGUGCAGAGUCCUCUGUUUUCUCAUUGGAUUUGCAGUCAUCAGCAAUACCAGAUGAUAAUGAGGAUGAUGAAUGUUUCACUCCUGCAUUCUCUCCAAGAUUAGUGACUAUUGAACCUGGUGAAGAUUUCAAAAAUCGUUUUGAGGUUCUUGAAGAAUUGGGUAAAGGUCGAUAUGGUGUUGUUCAUAAGGUUGCUGAACGCAGUAAUGGACAAAAAUUUGCUGCAAAAUUCAUACGCUGCAUUAAAGCCAAAGAUAAAGAGAAGGUACAAGAGGAGAUAGACAUUAUGAACUGCCUGCGUCACCCAAAGCUACUUCAAUUAGCUGCUGCCUUUGAGACCCCACGGGAGAUGGUGAUGGUCAUGGAAUACAUUUCAGGAGGAGAGUUAUUUGAACGUGUAGUGGCUGAUGACUUCACUCUGACUGAAAGGGACUGUAUACUGUUCAUGAGACAAAUCUGUGAAGGUGUCAGUUACAUGCAUGAAAAUUCCGUUGUUCACCUCGAUUUGAAGCCGGAAAACAUAAUGUGCCAUACACGAACAUCACACCAAAUUAAAUUGAUUGAUUUUGGACUAGCUCGUAAGCUGCAACCAGAUAUCCCUGUGAGGGUGUUGUUUGGCACUCCAGAGUUCAUUCCUCCUGAAAUUAUAAGCUAUGAACCAAUAAGUGUGGAGUCUGACAUGUGGUCUGUUGGAGUUAUCUGCUAUGUUCUAUUGUCUGGUCUGUCUCCAUUCAUGGGAGACAAUGAUGCAGAAACAUUUGCAAAUAUCACAAGAGCAGAUUAUGAUUUUGAAGAUGAAUCCUUUGAUGCCAUUUCUCAAGAUGCCAAAGAUUUUAUAAGUAGUUUAUUGCUGAAGAGAAAAGAGGAUAGGCUGACAGCUCAACAGUGCUUAAAACAUAUCUGGCUGGCACAGAAAGAUGAUAGUAUGAGUUGUGUUAAACUGAGCACAGAUAAACUGAAAAAAUUCAUUAUUCGCAGGAAGUGGCAGAAAACUGGAAACGCCAUACGUGCCCUGGGACGCAUGGCAACUCUGUCUGCUGCCAGUCGGCGUAACUCCAAUGCCAGUUCAACAUCAGGAAGUCCCAGGCCCAGUUUAUCUGGUGGUGGCAUCUCGAGAAUGUCCAGCCUGAAUGAGGAAGACAGAGAGGCGCUGCUGCUUAGCGAUCUCUCUAGCACGCCUCUUGUUAACACUACUGAAAUUCUGGAGUGUCAUUCUAAAUAUGCUAACCACAUGAAUGGCUUAAACAGUGUGGAUACCAGCAACAAAUCUGGUCGCAUGCGUUUGUGUAGUGAACGUAGUGAUAGUGGUAUUGGGGAUUGUUCGAGUAUUGCUUCAAGCCCACAAGUACAUCAGCCUUUCUGUCAAUGUCACUCAAAACUACUUAUGAGCAAGAAGUUUUCUAUUACAGAAGAAGCCGAGUACACAAUUGAAAAUCAAUGCAUUGGUGACAUUGAUAGGAAAACUGAGGUACUAUCUAUUUCCCCAUUGCCAAAGGACUGUGUUUUCAUAGAUUCUAAGUCUGAAUCUGAAAAUGAAAGCUCAAAGUCGAAAGAUAGUAAAUCAGAGCCAAGUGAUUAUAAAAGUACUGUAACACAAGCUGUUGGUAACAUGAAAGCUAAUUUGUCACAUUCUUCUUCAGCUGAAAGUGUCAAAAAGACAACCUGCUUAAAACAGCAGGGAUCUGUGGACUCGGGUGUUCAUAUGGAUGUUGGAGCAGGCAGUGUAAUGAACAAAGUCCAAUCAUAUGUGAAGAGCUGUCAGCAACAACAAGAGCAACAGCAACAGCAACAGCAACAGCAACAGCAACAGCAACAGCAACAGCAACAGCAACAGCAACAGCAACAUCAACAUCAAUAUUUGGUGCCUCAAAGUCAGAAGCUAUCAAGAAUUGCAAGUCCCAAGAAGCUUACAGCAGAGGUAACCAGUAAAGUUGCAUCUGGUUUCUCAAAUUCUGCAAAGACCAAACAGUCUUCCACUAAGCCAGCUCUGUCCAAUGAACAUAGCACAAAUUAUCAGAAAGCAAUGGCAUUCUGGAAGCGAUAGCUCGUUUUAAGAUUUUAUUUAAUGAUACAAAUUAUAUAUUCAUUUAAUCGUUAUUUUAAGAAAAAAUUAAGAAGAAAAUGCUAACAUUUUUAAACAGAGCUAUAUUAGAGCUUGACAGAGGUGGUAAAGAAAUUUAUGGAUAGUAAGAGAAUGUAUUCACUGCUAUAAAAUAUGAAUUACUACUGAAAACAGCUUAACUGUUUAUAAACUUGCAAUCCAUGGCAUUCUAAUGUUGCGUGGCAAUUAAAGGCAACUUGGAUGAGGCAAGAGAAUGUUGGUAUAUUGAAUAUAUUUAGCUUAGUAGACAUUCCUUACCCCUCUGUGAUUCAGAUAACUGGUAAGAUUUUAUUGUUUGUAGACUUACUGUUAUGUGGUACGUUAAUAUAAUUUCAAAUGUAGAAAUAUGCCAACAUUUUCUGUACUAGAUGAACAUUAAGUCUGUGAAGAAAAUGGUGUUGAAGCAUCAAAGCUUUUCUGGGGCUGGGCCCUACUGCUCGUCUUCCCAGAAUAAGAAGAUCAACCCUUGAUAAAGGGCAAUGAAUGUGGUUUUGUUUAAGACAUUGUAAGACAGUUCUUCCUCAGGUUUUGAAAUUAAAUGUGGAGAAAGAAACAAUAAGUUUCUCAGUAGAAAAGAACAUGGAUGCCGCUGAAAUUUGAAGAAUCUUAUUAGAGAAGUGAGGCAGCUUAUAGGAGCAUAAAUACAAAUGGGAGCAGAUUAUAGCUCUGAAUUAUAAGGAGUAUACUUAGAAGAAUGAAUGUUAAUUUACUCUUUAGUUCUGUACAAAAUGUUUUGUCAAUAAUGAAAUACCUUAUCUACUUUAGAACUGAACAAUGUGCCUUAGCAUGCAAAUGCAUCUGACGGAAUGGAUAUCAGAGUAAUAAACUUAAAUAUUUUAACUGUUAUAUUUUAAUUGUAAUUGGAUUAUAUUACCCACUGAUUUGUAUCAAAGGAAAUUUACUUUUUUGCUUAAGGAAAAGUUCUAUUUUCUGGACUAUAAAUAUAAUGAUAAAGUUUUAUCAUCAGAAACUUGCACUUACCUGUACUUCAAGAGAAAACAGAGACAGACCUUUCCUACUUUUCAGUUAUUAAUUAAUAGAAUAAGACUGGGAUGAAAUUUAAAUUGAAGUGAUAGCUAAUUCACUCUUUUAGUAUUUCCUGGUCUUUUCCAGUGUUACAAAGAAUUAGAGAUGCAAUUCAUUUGUAAUUGAUUGAAUAUUUUUCCAUUACUUGGGAUUGCCUUGUUUGAAGAUUGCUCCUCAAGAUAAACUUUAGUUGCUGCUUCUCAGUGACCACAAACCAUACUAUUGGCUAUGUGUAUGUUGUUGAAAUAUCAGUAUUCAGUUCAUCCUGAUUGCGUAUUAGAAAUUCUUUCUAAAUGAAAUAACUGUAAGAUUGUUUUUAUGUAAGUUCCUUUAGUUUCCAUGCUAAAUAUAGAGAGAAAUGUUGUAUUAUAGUUUCGGCAUCUCAAUGAAAGCUCCAGUUACCCAUUGUAUGUGGUAUAUUUGUAUUUCUAUUACACAAAUAUGUAUUAAAAUUUACUUUCUGGUAACAUAUGGAAUGAAAUUAUAAUAAAUGUGAAUGUGGAUUGUAUAAGACCCAUUUAUUUAUAUCCUCCAUUAAAUUUGAACCAAAGCAAACAGAAUUUAUUUAAGAAAGGAUUAAAACUUGGAAUAU